UAGUUUCGUCGAUAAAGAGACAACCGCAUUGAAUUGGAGGGAAACAGCGUUUUGUUUAUAUUGCGAAAACUGGAAAGACCACCGAAAAGAUGUCCAUUACUAAUGUUUCCACACACUACAUAUCCGAGAAGGUUUCUCGGGUGCGUUGGCUGCCGGAACAACUGCAGCAAAGUGAGAGAUUCGUCACCGGCAGUUGGGAUAUGGACAGGAACUUCGUGCGAAUUUGGAGGCUGCAGUCAAACCAAUAUGGUAUCGCCAUGGAGUCGGACAAUGUGGAUCAAAUGCCGCGCUGCAUGGAUAAGGUAGCUAUAGAGGACGACGUGACCGCCAUGGAGUUCGUGGAUAAGGAUACAUUGGCUGUGAGCUGUGCUGAUGGUCACCUUAGCUUGUUUCACGUUCAACGAGCCGUGGAAGAAGAUCAAAUCCAGCGCACAUCUCGAUCCGCAAGGCUUCACUGUUUUCAGCGCAGCCAGGAGGCGGCACCUAGCACCGAUUUAUCCGUCUACGGCACAGAUAUUGCCACUGCCGGCGAGGAUGGAUGUGUGAACAUCGUUUCCGUGAACAAUGUGCGCCAGGUGAAGCGCACAAUCGAGGCCGACAGUAUUGGGUUGCUAUCCAUUUGCUAUAUCAGCCAGCAAGAAUUGGUGGCCGCCAACAGGAUGGGAGUGAUCCGAUUGUUGGACACGCGUGUGGCUACGGAGGCCCAGCCGGAUUCUACAUUCAUGGUAGCCUCCCAGGAUGACAAGUCAUCAAAUUUUGUUUCAUCUCUAGCCACGCAUCCCAUGCAGCAGCACAUCCUGCUCUGCGGUAGCGAAGAAGGUUCUAUAACGGUUUGGGAUCUGCGCAACCUAAGCUACCCCGCCUCUUAUCUAAGCGCCCACAAAAGCCCGAUCAACGAGAUCGGCUUUCAUCGCAACGAUCCUAGCAAACUCUUUACCGCCGCUGAGGGCGGGGAGGUAUGGAUGUGGUCAGAGAAUAAAGCCCUCGGGUGCGAUCCAAAUCAGAAGGACGGGCAUAGCCCUUGGUUGUCUGGUGACCGGGUUCGCUCCCUGGUUGAUGUGGAGGGUGUGCUGACCAACAUCCGCAAGGCUGUUAACUCCUUCGAUGUCCAUGGAAGUCGGUUGAUCUGUGGAGGUGAUGCAGAAGCUGUUUACCUAGUCGAUAACAUUGUUUGAAGUUUUGUAAUUUCUCUUCGUACAUUAUACAGAUUUUCCAAACGUAA